AUGAAAUCACAAUGGAGGCGAAGUCUACUCGUUUGCAUAUUUAUUUAUCUCUCUUUGUUAUGUAUAUUAAGAGAUCAUCUCUUACCAGAAAAUAUAUUUGGGACACAGAAAAAUCACACUAUUUCACCUGAACAAAACUUCACGUGCAUCUGGAGUAUCGUGGAAAACCGCGAAAUAUGUAAACCGGUGUGUAAUCAUGGCUUCUUUGGACUUUAUGGAAUGGCAAAAUGUCACCCCUUACUCACUUGUGGGGAUAUUGAACAACUCAAAUUCAGCGAGGAAAUAGGACACAUGGGAUAUGUGAAAGAGGUGUGGCAUUCUUAUUGGCAGAAGUAUCCUGUUGUAGUAAAGAAAUUAAGGAAAUUUGAUUGGGCGGGAAAAAUUGCAGGCCCUGGUUAUCUCCAGGGAAUAAAUCUGAUGAAAAACUUCUACAGGCCCUCUGUCCUACUACAGCUAGUGGGCCAUUGCAAUGAUACUAUUGUCACAGAGGUUCACAGACUGCUUGAUGCAAGGGAUUUGGAGAUUCGAUUUAAGGAGUAUCCCCUCUAUAACACUUUACAAACCAGAAUGCAGUUAUGUGUGAGCUAUGUAGAUAUACUAAGAACCCUGCAUUCUGGACACGAUGGAAAAAUAUACGUCCAAUGUGACGCAAGAAAUCUCCAAAAAUUAGCAGGACAAUUUCUUUUUACUGAGGAUUUCCGAUUAGUUCUUAGUGACGUCGACUCCAUGGAAACCAUUUUGGUGAACGGGACGAAUAAGAGGUUAAUUAAAUGCACUGUCUGGGGUAAAGUUACAGGGAGAUUUCCUGCCCCCGAGGAAUUGUGGCCUUACAAAGAGAGAUAUGAUGCUUCCAAAUUGCCGCUAUACGACGAAAAAAUCAAGAUCUGGAAGAUUCCAGACGUGUGUUGGUACUUUCUAGGUGAUGAUGUUUCUACACUUCAACUUAAACUUUCUCUUAAGGACAUCCACAAACAGUGUAAGAACCGCAACCCAAGGAAACGACCAACCGCUGAACAAGUGUACAAGACAUACCUGACAAUUUAUAAAGAUAUGAUUAAAAGUAACUUCUCUGGCUUCAAGGAAACAGUGUAAAAUUGU